GUGCGUUGUUCGCUGCGCACACUGUGAACGUGGUGUAGCGGAAUUUGUAUACGACUCGAUUUUACAAGCACACUCCUUCCGUUUUUGGGACAGAGAACAACAGCAAAUAUCGUAAUUUAAAAUAUAAGCGGUUUUAUGCAGGUGUGUUUUAUAAAAUGUGGACUUAUAUUAGUUAAAGAAAAACAGAAAACCAAAUCAAUUUUACGUUUAUUGUCUGCGGGCUUUUGAUGUUGAUUACCAAGCUUGAGCCGUUUAGAACCCGUUAAGUGGUCGUUUGGUGGAUUUGAGGCACUUGAGUUGCUGAGACGAACUACAGAGAUUGAACGAGAAAAACUACUGCGACCGAAGAUAGCCCAGAUUGAUAAAGCUUCCCAGCAUUCGCGACGAAACAAUCGAAGUUAGCCAUACUUUCGUGCUAAAACGCACACGGUUUGACAGAUCGAAAGUGUCAUCAAAAAUUGUCGCCGACGAUUGUUUGGGUCGCCCAGAAGCAGUGUCACUGUAAGUGUAGUAGCAUCACAGCCGCUGGCACAAAAUUGCACCCAAGUGGUGACGGUUUGCGCAUCAUCGUACCAUUACUUCCAUUCGACGUUGAUUCGACGUUGGACCGGCCGGCCAGGCGGCUCAACCCCGCACAGACGUCAUGGACGCGGUUUGGAAAAUGCUAGCUGGGAGCAUUGGGGUUUCGUUUGGUGGUUUUGUACGCAGCUUGGCACAGCCCACUGUUGGCCACUUGUUGAUCGCGAACCUGUAGCAACCUUGGGGCACGGGCGCAGGCAACAGCAGGCAAGUUUUUUGACAGCAUGAAAACACUUGGCUGCUCUUUUUGAUAACAAGCAGACACACAAUAAACAACGAAAAAGAGGGUAGCUCCCUGCAACAUUCAACGUUGGUUUUCUGCGAGCCGUGUGUGAUAAGCGUGUGCGUUUCCGUGUGUGUGUGUGCCUGUGUGUGUGAGGGAACCGUGCAAAAUCACUGUGUGUGCCUGUGCGUGUCGCAGUGCCCCCAAAAGGUGGGCUAGAGCGAGGGGGUGGGGGUGCAAAAUGGCGAACGUGCGUGGGGCGAUGGCUACUGGUGGAGCUGGGCGGGCGGCAGCAGCCUUCACGUCUUCCUAAACAGGUCGUCGAAUUGCUCGCUCCAAAACAAAUCGCCUCCAGCGCAACGAACCGAGGACGUGGGUGUGUGUGUGUGAGUGUGGGGAGGGGAAGGUAUCCUGCAAGCCCGCGCGCUAGUGUGAAGAAAUACAAAAAAAGGGAAUAAAAAUCCAAACGGAAGGAAUACAGCGGCACAUACGGAGUGUUCUAAACACACACACACACACACAAACACGCGCGCUCCGUUCGCUAGUGGUUGUAUAGUGGUUUUGGGUAGUGUGGAGUGCGUGCGGCACAGAAGCGGAAAGCGAAAAAUUGUGGUGUGUGGUGGGCGCGCGUAGUUGUUGCCGAGAACCGCUGCUGGGGUGGUGGGCGGUGGCAUGCUGUUAUCGAUUGUGGUGGUGGUGGUGGUGGCGGUGUAGCGGACACGACAGCCCUUUCGGAAGUGCGUUCGGGCGGCGCGAGUCCCCGACUGAUUGCCGCAGCCUGCCCAGAACUCUGCGACUUCCGCCCAUCGCUGAAAAAGGAUGCGGUGGUGGUGGUGGCGGCGUGCGUAAUCAACCCGCCUCCGCCCACGCGACAAACCCUCCCUUUUUUUGUUGUUGGGUGCAUCCCUCCUCUGCAAUCAGUUCUGCAGUUCAACAACAACAACACAACCCCCUCCCCAAACCGAUUCCGAGGUCGGUUUCUGUGGGGUUGGCAAAGAUUUUUGGACAAAACCGCAAAUACAACAACGAGAAAAAAAAAUCAACCCCCCCCCCCCCCUCCCACCGUGACCGUGAACAUCCGUGAACCAACAACCUGCCUGCACGAAGCACGAUGCACAGCUUCUUCAAUGAAAUGGCACGUGAUUCGACCAUGGGAAGAGACCGAGUACUAGUCGUGCCGAACACCGGUAUCGCCCUGAACAGCAGCAGCUCAUCGUCGCAGAUAGCGGCACCGGCCGACAUUAGCCAGCAGAUCCUGGAGCUGCAAAAGGAGCAGGAGCUUGAGAAGCAGAAACUAUGGCACGCGUUCCAGGAGAAGAAUAAGGAGCUCGAGAUGCAGCACCGCCAGCAGCUGGAGCACAAAUUUCAGGAGUUACGCGAUCAACGGAUAGCGGAGGAAGCGGCCCAGCAGCGGGAGCGGCGGGAACGGGAAGCGAUCAAGCGCAAGGAAAAGCACGAGUGCUGUGCGAACGCGAGCUCGGAGGUGAAACAGAAGCUACAGACUUUCCUGAUACAGAAGAAACAGGCCGCUGCAUCGAAUGGGUUAUCUUCCCCGCUGCCGUACAGAAAUUGGGGCGUCGUCAAAUCAUCGUCCGGAGAGUCACUCCCGGGCGGUGCCGUUGCAGCGGCCGUUAGCUCCCAUCCGUACAAAAUCCCUCCGCCGCCGAGCUCGAUCGCGAAGUACGAUCCGGACUUUCCGCUCCGCAAGACAGCAUCCGAACCGAACCUGCUGAAAAUUCGCCUCAAGCAGCGGGUGAUCGAGAAGCGCUCGCUGAACGGGCCACUGGCCGCCCGCCGCCAGGAGCGCCUGCGCCGGCUCCAGAAGCAGCAGCACAACCAGGCGCUCGCGCAAACAAAUUGUGCGGCGUCGGCUAGCGUCGCUACAACCGAUUCGGGCCCGAACUCGCCACCGACCGUGGGCAGCCGCGCUUCGCCCACGAACGCACCGAUUCAGGAGGAGAACGAGGACCCACAGUACGGCUCGGUCACGUCCCGUGCCAGCAUCAACGAUCUGUCGCUGUUCAGCUCCCCCUCGAUGCCCAACAUUUCGCUCGGCCGGCCGCACCUGGGCUCGUCUGCCGCUGCCUCCGUUGCUCAUCUGGCUCUGAACGCAACCAGACCGACGCAUCUCGGCGUGGGGGCAGGCAUCGGGGGCCAGGCUGGCAGCGUACCGUUCGGCAGUCCGAUGCUGGACCUGAGCGAGCAGCAGCAGCGCAGCCAGAACGUGGCCGUGGCUGCGGCGGCCGCUGCGGCCGCUGCUGCGGCUGCCGCCGCCGCCAGCGGCGUGGUCGGGCUGGAGCGGGCCCACCUGGCCGCCGGUGGGCUGCAUGGGGCGGCCGGGCCCGGUUCGGCCGCCAGCCUCUACCACCACCAGCCCUCGAUCACGGACGCGCACGUGGCCCAGGCCCGGCUGCACAAGCAGGGGCACCGGCCGCUCGGGCGCACCCAGUCGGCGCCGCUCCCGCUCGGCCACCCGAUGCUGGCCGGGGCCAACAGUGCAGCAGCGGCCAUGAUGAACAUCAACCAGACGCACUUUGAGAACAGCGAGGCUGAACGGCAGGCGUACGAGCAGCACAUGCUGAUGAAGCAAAAGAUACGCCAGACGGCUCUGACGCGCGCCGCCAACUGCGUCAACCGCGAGCCGCAGCUGCGCGAGGAGGUCGAAUCGAACGAGGUGAUCGACCUGACCGACAAGAAGCAGCCGCCGAAGACGGUGCUGGCGAGCAGCGUCAUCAAGAGCACCUCCCAGUCGCACCUGCUGUCGUCGUCGUCGCACGGUGUCGACGGCGAGCCGCCGACUGCCCAGCAGCAGCAGCAGCAACAGCAGCAGCACCUGUCCGAGCUGAUCCACCAGCAGCAGCACUAUCACCGCGAGCGGGAGCUCUUUAUGCGCCGCUCGAUACAGCUGUCCGUGCUGGAGGACCCGUACUCGCACCAUGCGGGCAGCGCGGGAGGCAGUGGCGGCGCAGCAGCAGCAGCGGCGGUGGCAGCGGCCGCCGCCAACCUGCUGCGACCACUGUCCCGCACCUCCUCCAGCCCGCUCGUGCAUCUGAGCUCGAUCGGAGGCGGUGGCGGCGGUGGAAGCGGUUCGGGCGGCGCCCAUCCGACGGCCCAGCAAAGCAUGUUCUCCGACACUGGGCAGGGGGCGGGCGGUGACGACGAUCUGCCACCGCCAGUGAACCUGACCGUGCAGAACCGCAGCCGCUCGCUGCUCAGCUACACGCACGAGGGGCUGGCGGCGGCGAUGGCAUCGGCGUCGUCCUCCUCCUCCUCCCCCGCAACGGCCGGCGCGCUGGGUGGGGCGGCCGGGACGUCGUGCGGCAGCCCGCCCGGCAUGGCCCUGCAGCUCACUACCUCCUCGUCCGCGUCCGCCAUCAUCGGGGCGAGCCGCGAGCAGAAGCUGCGUCCCGCCACCACCGGGCUCGCGUUCGACAGCCUGAUGCUGAAGCACGUGUGCGCGUGCGGGGACAACGCGAACCACCCGGAGCACAGCGGCCGGCUGCAGAGCAUCUGGGCCCGGCUGCUCGGCACCGGGCUGGCCAUCCGCUGCGACAAGCUGCGGUCGCGCAAGGCAACCCAGGAGGAGCUGCAGACGGUGCACACCGAGGGGCACGCGCUCCUGUUCGGCACCAGCCAGCUGAACCGGCAGAAGGUGGACACGAGCCGCGUCAGCUUCGUGCGGCUGGCGUGCGGUGGCGUCGGCGUCGACCUCGACACGACCUGGAACGAGCAUCAUACGGCGGCGGCGGCCCGCAUGGCCGCCGGCUGCGUCAUCGACCUGAGCUACAAGGUGGCGCGGGGCGAAAAUCGGAACGGGUUCGCGGUGGUGCGGCCCCCCGGCCACCACGCCGAGGCGGACGCGGCCAUGGGCUUCUGCUUCUUCAACUCGAUCGCGCUGGCGGCCCGGCUGCUGCGCCACCGGAUGCCGCACGAGAUGCGCCGCAUCCUGAUCGUCGACUGGGACGUGCACCACGGGAACGGCACGCAGCAGGCGUUCUACGACGACGCGUCCGUCCUGUACCUGUCCGUGCACCGGCACGACGAUGGCAACUUUUUCCCCGGCACCGGCGGCCCGGCCGAGUGCGGGGUCGGCACCGGCCUCGGCUACAACGUGAACGUGGCCUGGUCCGGCGGCGUCAACCCACCGCUCGGCGACGCGGAGUAUCUGGCCGCGUUCCGCACGGUGGUGAUGCCGAUCGCGCGCGACUUCGCGCCGGACAUUGUGCUCGUGUCGGCCGGUUUCGAUGCGGCCGUCGGGCAUCCGGCCCCGCUCGGCGGGUACGUGGUGUCGCCCGCCUGCUUCGGCCAUCUGACGCGCGAACUGAUGCAGCUCGCCAACGGGAAGAUUGUGCUCGCGCUAGAGGGCGGUUACGAUCUGCCUGCCAUUUGCGAUUCGGCCGAGGAGUGCGUGCGGGCACUGCUCGGCGAAAGCACCUCCUCGAUCGCACCGUCCGAGCUGGCUCGGCCCCCGUGCCAGGCAGCGGUCGAGACGCUGCAGAAAACGAUCGCCAUCCAGGUGUCGCACUGGCCGUGCGUCAAGCGGCUCGCCCACACGGUCGGCCUGUCCGCGCUCCAGGCGCACAGCAGCGAACGGGAAGAGUCGGACACGGUGACCGCGAUGGCCGGACUGUCGAUGCAGCCCCUAAAGAGAACGUCCGAUGUGUCCUGCGAAGACUCCGAGGAACCGAUGGACCAGGAUGAGUCCAAAUAAUUGUAUAUAAGUAUGUGCGUGUGUAUGUGUGUAUGUGCGUGUGCGUGUGGUGGAGAGUGGGGCAAGACAAAACCUCCCCCCACCCUCCCACCUGUCACCACGAGCACGACCUUUGGCGCGUGAAAAAAACCUUUUUUUGACUAUCGUUUAGCUAUUGGGAUCGACUAGGCUGUCGUUUGAUAGAAGAAGAAGAAAAAACGAACAGAAAUAUUGAAUGGAUAGAGCGAGAGCGGGAGAGAGAGAGAGAGAGAUAGAGAUAGAGAGCGAUAUCUACGGUAGGAAUUUCCAGGCGUGGAAAAGUGAAACUUUUCCAAUUGGAUGGAAAUUGUUGUGUUAAUACUUUUUUUUCUGUUUAGUUUUGUAAUCCCUAUUUGUGGGCACGCUCAGAAUGUUGCUAGUUGUUUCCUCUAUACGUGAAUGUGUGUGUGCGUGUGUGUUUGUGUCGUGUGGAUUGGGACACAGCACCGUGUGCAGUUGGGCGGCCCGCGUGAACCACGGGUAGAGGUCGGGAGGAUGUCUUUGGAACGAAUCGAUGUGAUGUGUUAAAUGUUGAACCAUAGUUUUUUGUUAUAUCGACUGCAGCUGGUAUCCACACCCACAUACUCGCACAAACACACGGCCACAUAACCGCACACACACAUGGUCACACACAUCAACCAUCUUCAUAUUAGGUUACUCUUGGCAAUAACUUUUAAAGUGGGAUAAUCGUAACAGCAAAAAAAAAAACAAUACCCAAUGCGAGUAAACACAAACAUAAUGAACAGAGAACGGCAGAGUAAGUGGGUGUGUGGAUGUGUGUGUGUGUGCGCGUCUGUGUGUAUGUUAAUGUGGGUGGCGGGGGGGGGGGGGGAGGGGGGAGUUGUUCAUUAGGAUCGAUUUGUUCAUCGAAAUGUGCAAUUAUUCAAGCGGGGAGGGGUGCAGGAUAAUAAUACUUAACAGUUUAGCUAUUGUACGCGUUUUGUGAAAGCGUAAAGCGUAAAAAUUAAAAGGUUAGCAAAGGUGUUUGUUCUUCUGUGGCUGGAACGGGGGAUGAGAGUGUUUGCGUCCGUUGUGUGUACGCAACCUUCUUUUUUCCUCUCCGCGUUGUGCAUAUAUGGAUUAUAGAGAUGGAACAGAAGAAGAAGAAGCAAAAAACAACUCUUUCAUAUUUAAUAAUCGUAGAAAUAAUUUGUUGGACGGGUCCGCUACGGAAACGAAGCAAACGAGCUGAGGGAGAGAGAGAGAUAGAGAAAAAGAGGGCAAGAAAUAGAGAUAGAGGAAAAGGGAAGAAGAUAACAGUACGAAAACAAACAAAGGAUUAACAAACAAAUCAAACAAACAAAAAAUCUAUUAUACGAAAAGAGAGAGAAAGAGAAACAAAACAAACACUCACACUCACACAUGUUGAAAACUAAAUACUGCGUCUAUUGCUUUUUGUAAUUGUGCGAGCCGCGGUUGUAAACUAUAUGUUUUUCUUUUGAAAAAAAAAAUAUACAUAUGUCGUAAUGAGUUCCUUCCGGUUUGCAAAAUUAUGUGACAAGACCGAGAGAUAGCUAGGGUGUGUGUGUGUGGGUGGGGGCUGGAAAACAUUUUUACACACUUAGAGAACACAGUUAGAUAGAGCAAAUUGGACCGAUGCAGGCGCUCUUAGCAUCGAGCAGAGCGUUGAGGAAUGUUUUUGAUAAAAGACACAGAUUUUUUUUUUUAUUUCCAUCUUCCUUCAUGGCCAUGACACAGUUUGUAACACACAUAUAUAUGCACACAUACACAUUAAUUCUUUCACAAAUUAGCACACAGACAUACACACUCACACACACACACACACACACACACACACACACACACACACACACACACACACACACACACACACACACACACACACACACACACACACACACAAUUAUUUUGCAUGGUUGUUGUAGACAUCCGGUUAGGGACAGAGAAUUUCGUAAAUCCCUCCACUGUGAGCAGAUGUUUGGCAGUAGCGUGGCUCAAACGAAUUUCAUGUUGGUCAUUGUUUUGUUUCCGUUGUUACCUCCUGUGUCUCCAUCUACUUGUGAUAGGUUUUACUCCGGCGUCAUCCUUCGGAAAACUUCCCCUGGGGGGAAGAGCAUGGUAGGAUUUGUAUGCUCUUGUUGUCUAUAAGUGGUACUGUUUGUUAUAAAAAAAGAAAAAAAAACGAGAUAUCGAGCUAAGCUGAAAGGGGAAAGAUACAGAGAGAGAGAGAGAGAGAGAGAGAGAGAGAGAGAGAGAGAAAGAGAGAGAGAGAGAGAAAGAUAGUGAAACACUAUAGCAUAUUUUAAAGAUAUAAGGUUUUUGGGUUUUGGCUAGUGGGUGAGAUUUGGAAAAGUGUUACUAGAGUUGUCCAGAACAGACUAUUUUUAUGCUGCUCUCUUGCCUAUUCUACUACGCAGGGCCAGUGUUGCAGUGUGGGGAGAAGAAGUAAACUAUAGCAAAUUACAGCGCAACAAGGUGCAACGCGAACCCUCUUACAUUAUGCGUGAAGCGCAGCGAAGCUUUUAUAAAGAGCUAACCAACGAUUUAUGUGGUGAUAUGGAUUGUGUAACACAUGAUACUACCUAUGGUGUGUGUAUGUGUGUGUGUGUGUUGUGUAUAAUUUAUAACAAACAAACAUACAGAAGAAAAAAACAUACAAGUGCACCAAAAACUGUCACGAAAAUAUUCCGUCUAAAUUAUUAACUUCUAAGCAUUGUAACGGUCGUACAAGUAUUUUGAACAAAACAAAAACAUAAUACAACAAAAAAUUGCUAGAAGCAGAGAGGUGCGAUAAGGAAGGGAGAGAAAAAAAGAGAGAGAAAUAGAGAUAGAGAGAAAGAGAGAGAGAGAAAGAGAAAGAGAAAGAGAAAGAGAAAGAGAAAGAGAAAGAGAAAGAGAAAAUUAAAGCAGCAGAAGCAACAAAACAACGUAAUAAAACAAAGGAAAUAACGAACGUAUCAAAAGAGUUAUUAAAUGUUAAAAUGUGUGAGUGUGUGUGUGUGUGCGCCAGUUUUGUGUGUGUGUGUGUGUCAGUGGGUGUGUUUGUGGCAAACAUUUAUAUAUAAAAAAGUACACAAGACAGAAACAACACAUUAGCAGGAAACAAAAAUACUACCAAAUCUUCUGAUUGUUAACGAAAAAAAGCAGGAACAAACAAAAACAAAAACAAAAUGAAAACUGAGAAGAAAAGAAGAAGAACGUAUGAACCUCUCUCGCCAGAGAAAAACAGCACAGUUGACUCAUGUAAAAGAUAUACGAAAAAAACAAACAAACAAACAAAAAAAAAGAAACUCAAGUAGAAUCAAAUUGUCGCCAACAAAUUUGCUACAUUUGUGUAUGUGUGUGAGUGUGUGCGGGUGUGUUUGUACGUCUGUUUAGGUGUAUGCACGUCGUGUGUGUGUCUUGUUGUUUGUGACUGUUACAUGAUACACUGCCUCUUUUGCGAUUAGGGCGGAAAUGUGGGUGUGCAUUGCUUUGUGAACCCAGAAACAGGGUGGGAAAAUACCAUUAUCACACCAACAUUCACGUGAUGCUAUGUAUGGGUGUGUGUCGUCUGUUUUUUUUUUUUUACUAAAUUGCUCAAGCAUCAGCAAGCACAAUACCCAAUUUUCUAACAAUGUUUGUGUGUGUGUGUGUGUGUGUGUGUGUGUGUAUGUAUGUAUGUAUCUCUCUCGCUCUCUUUCGCUCUCUCUCUCUCUCUCUCUCUCUCUCUCUCUCUCUCUCUCUUUCUCUUACUCUCUUUCGCUCUCUCGGUGUCUGUUGUGUAAGGAAAUAACGUGUUUAAGCCACAAUAGUUCACACACACACACACACACACACACACACACACACACACACACACACACACACACACACACACACACACACACACACACACACACACACACACACACACACACACACACACACACACACACUUUCUUAUGGGAAGUGAACUUCAUAUGAUAGAAUUUGGAGUCUAUGGCACCCUUUUUGGACAGGUUUCUUAGAAAUUCCUAUUGGAUUUAUUCAAUAUUUAAGGAUGCUACAGAGUCCUAUUCCCUUACAUUAAGUUCAUCUCACUUAAGAAAGAGUCAAUACAGUGUCCCACAGCUAUUAGAACUCCUGCAAAACCCUGUAUAUUCGAAUGCGCAUUACCAUACGCAAGACAAACGUCCACGUGUUGCCUAGGAGAUGCGACCGCUACCUCUCAGCUGGUUUAUUAUUGAAAUCCACACAAAAUAGCAGGUUCUAUCCACCCAGACUUCUCUCUCCUUAUUCACACACACAUACACACACACAUACACAUACACAUAAAUAUAUAUAUAUACAUAGAUAGUAAAUCAAAACAAAGCAAAACAACGUAGGGCGAAGAUACUAAGUGAAGUUGAGCCAUCAAAACGUGGGAGAAAACGAUAAAAAAAAAAAACAAAACAAAACAAAACAAAAACGCUCGCAGUGAUAUCAUUGUUUCAGGUAAACACAAAACGUGUGCAUGCGUACCAUGGAAAUUCGUAGUGUGUAUGUUGGUGUACAGCUAUAAUAUGAUGUGCGUGGUAUCAUCCCCUUCCCUCCUUGGCUAACCAAUUUUCAAUGGGAAAAUGGAUAUGGUGGCAGGGGUUUUCGGCAUUGGUCUGUAAAUGCUGCCCUUGAUGGCCAACAGUCAAAGGAUGUUUAGUGUUCCAUUGCGACUCCCAUUUUCUCUCUCUCUCUCUCUCUCUCUCUCUCUCUCUCUCUCUCCUUGCAUCGAUCAUGUUCUUUACAAAUCCUUAUUCAAUGUGUCUGCGUGUGUCUGUAUGCAUUUGUGCAUCAAGUGGAAUAUAAUAGCUGUGAAACAGGGACGAGUUAAGGAUAUAGGGAAAGCUUUUCCAGUAAGAAAAAAAAAUGGCGGGAAAAAAGAACAAUAGUACUUACACACGGGCACAAAGGAAAGGGUGGCACCUAUACAUCUAUAGGUGUGUGUGUGUGUUUGUUUUAUUUUUUAAAUUGUGAGGAGCCUACCCUAUACUCCUCCUCUUUUGUGCAAUGGAGAGAACAUGACAAGUUGUAAUGCAAAGUGAGAUUUCCCGGUCCCGGAGAGCGGUGCCGUUUGCCCGUCGGUACUAAUUGCUAGUAAACGUUUUUACAACGAACAUAUUACACGCUCCUCGUUACCAUGUGGGCGCGUGUGUAAAUCCCCCGUGGGUGGUGAUGGUGUUAGGAGUGUACUGGGAAGAGCAAACCUCUUCGUUAUUUUAAAAGAAAGGAAAGAGUAAGCAAAUCCGCGAAAAGCGUGACACCCAGUGGUUGGCAACAGGAACAGAUUAAAAAUAAUAUUUAAAAACAAAAAUAAUAUUUUAGUAAACUUGAUAAUGCUACAAAGCUCAAAGCUGGGAAGGGUGUUUGUGCGAUAGGAUGGAUGGAUGAGCUUAUUUAAGGAGAAGGAAAACAAACGUAUAUAUUUGCUCCGCUAGCUGUGGGACUUCUUCGAACCGAAAAAGGAUACUUAAAAAAAAUCAAAAAAAAAAAAAUAAUAAACAAAAGGAAGCCCCGAAGGAUAAGAAAAACAAUUUAAAUGUUUUAUGUACGUUACACAACAAAAAGCAAGAGAGAACGUAAGGGACACACACACACACACACACACACACACACACACACACACACACACACACACACACACACACACACACAAAUUGUAAAAGAAAAGAAAAAAGCAACAAAAUGUUAUGAAACGUGCAAUUAUACGAUUGGUUAGAAAGUGUAACACUAAGUAACACAACACUAAGACGAUAAAACUUAAACGAACCAAAACCACUUCCCCUCAGCCAUCCAUCUUUCAAGUGUUGUAGCACAGCCCCCCCCCAGCACAGCAACGUCCCCUGUAAAAGGGCAUAUUUGCGCCCAGGCAUCACCACAACUCACAGCCUGUAUCUGUGCAUCUGGACUAUUUUUUCCCCAAUACUAGUGCACUUGGCAGAUGGAUUCUAAAAUUGUGUUCGUGUGUAUGUGUGUGUGUGUAUAUGUGCGUGCGUGUGGUACACUUUUAUGUAUGUAUCCUCUUGUUACACUGCUUACCAACACACCCUGAACCUCAUUAUGCGUGCACGUUUGAGUGUGUGUAUGUUAGGAGAAAGUGCGUUCGCUUUAAAAAGAGAGAGAAAGAGAGAGAAAGAGUUUAACAAACAAGAAACAAACAAAAAAAAACAGUUUAUCAAAACAAACGAACAUAAUAGAGAGGAAGCGUUAUACAUACAUAAAAAAUUAGAAAAAAGAAAGAGAAACAAACGAGGAAGAAAAAGAAAGAGAGAGAAAAAAAGAUAGAGCGAGAGAGAAAGAGAGAGAGAGAGAUAGAAAGAGAGAGAGACAGAGAGAGAGAGAGUAAUAGAGAGAAAGAGAGAGAGAGCCUUUUUGUAACUAAACAAACGAAACGAAAACGAAAACGAAAGAGUGCUGGACACUUGUUUCAUUUUUCAUGUUUUUUUUUUUAAUACUAAUCAUAUUUUCAAUACCACGAAGAUUGUCAUAGAAUGAAUUGUGCAGCCAAGGGAGUAGAGGAGUAGAGGAGAGCCGAAUAAGAAGCGGGGAGGAGGAUGGGGGUUGGGGGGGUAUUCGAAUCAACCGGAACUCGGAUGCGGCGUGUUCUUCGCCGCCAUCCCCACACAAUCAGGGGCCCGUUCGUCGAACGAAACGAACGCGUCGCUCAGUCGUUGGGCUCAGUAGAAAACAGAUACGAUGAUUUUCCAAUAUUUUGAUACAUAGACAACUGGUAGGUCAUUGUGUGACAGUGAGAGUUUGCCGGUACCGCUGAUUAUAUUUUAAUUUUUUGUUUUUGCUAGCGCCAGAGACAUACACUUCUCUCAACCCUCCGAAUCCUCGCGCCAUCAGAACGAGAAAACCGGUGUGUGUGUGUGAGAGAUAGAGAGAGAGAGAGAGAGAGAGAGAAACAAAGCGACAGAGAGAUAUAUAAAGAGAGCGAAUGGGAGGAAGGCAGGAAUUUAUAGUUAAAAACUAUGUAAGUCAUUUUUACGCUUUUAAGAGGAACGACAGGGACAAUAUAGUGAAAAGGCAUAGAAAAAAAAGCUGAGGAUAAACAACAAAACGCGAUUUUUGGGAGACAUCGGCAGGGCAUGCGCCAUUGCUGUUUCUACGGUCCCGCAAAGCUGUCUGUUUUCUGUUCUGGUGGUGGUCGGUUGGUUGGUUGAGGUUGUCUUUGAUGAUACUGCUUCGUCGACAGCAUUGGAGCGGGCUUGCAAAUGGGGGAACGUGCCCUUAUACUGACCACAAGGGGCUUGUGAGACACAGCCUCCUGUUAAAACGUUCAACGCGAUGGGCUGGGUCUGCUAGGGACAUUUUGGAAAACUUUAAUCGGAUUGCGCACACGUGGGGCAUAAUGCCUCUACGCAUGUUAGGUUAUUUGGAGAUUGCUUCGUUUUGGUGGUGGUGGUAGUGGGUUUUCCCCCUUUCUCUCUCAUCCUUCUCUUCAACCUGUAGUACCUCAUCGGCCGCCACAUUUGCCCGGUGUAGCGAUUUGGGGUGAGAUUUGGUCGUCCCCAACAACGCCCGCUCCCCGGCCAUGUGCGCGAAAAGGGAAUUGUUUCGAGAAGAAAGGCAACCCGUGUCUAAAAAAACAGUUUCUUGUCAGUCAAGAUGUCCCUUCGCUCCCCCCCCCCACCCCUUAUUGAAAAUGAGGCGGUGCAGUUGUGCGGAGCAAACACGUUAAAAACGGAACAUGUAGAGAAUGAUAUUGCCGGGGGGAGCACAAACAAAUGAAGAAGUUUAAAUAUAUGAAGAAACAGAAGAACAGAAGAAAUCGAAAGAGAGAUAUAGCGAGAAAGAGAAAGUAUAACGAGAAUGUCUGUGUGUUUGUCAGUAAGUGUGUGUGUGUGUGUGUGUUGAAACACAAAACACAAUAUAUGCAUAUAUACGUCAAACAAUGUUGCAAAAAAGUGGAAAACGUAACGCAUAAUAAUUAAUCAUCUUGAGACAUUCCUAUUAAACAAAGCAAAACAAACAAACAAACAAACACAAAAAAAAACAAUGUUGUUAUUCUAAGAGAACAAAAAGUAUUUUAUGAGAGUAAAAAAAAAGAGUAUAAUAAAAUAUGUUACGCAUAAACACUA